GCGGAUCCGGCGGAAGCGCCGCGCAGGUUCCGGGGCCGCGAUGGCUCCGGAUCCCUGGCUGCCGCUGCUCGCCGCCGCUCGCCAGCUCGCCCAGGACAUCGCCGAGAAGCUGCAGGAGCGGAACCGCUGCCAGCGGAGCGGGGAGAGCUCGGCCAAGGUCAACGUGGCCAUCAGGUCCUCGCUGCAGAGCCUCAGGGAGAAGAUUGAGCAGCUGAGGGAGCAGCUGCUGCGGGCAGUGUCCACUCGGCAGAUCACCCAGCUGGAGGGGGACAGGAGGCAGAACUUGGUGGACGAGCUCCUGACCCGGCACAGACAGCUGGAGGCAUCCUACAGGAAUGAAGGCCCAGAGCCAGACAUGAGCAGAUCCAGCCUGAUGGCAGGAGGGGCCAAGCGAGGCCCCACCAACCCCUGGCUCCUGGAAGAACCGGAGGAGACACGAGGACUUGGCUUUGAUGAGCUCAGGCAGCAGCAGAGAAGGAUCAUUGAAGAACAAGAUGCUGGACUCGAUGCUCUUUCUUCAAUCAUAUCCAGGCAGAAGCAGAUGGGGCAGGAGAUUGGGAACGAGCUGGACGAGCAGAACGAGAUCAUCGAUGACCUGACGAGCCUGGUGGAGAGCACGGACGGCCGGCUGCGCAGCCAGACCCGCCACGUCAAGGUGGUGGAGAGGAAAUCGACGUCGUGCGGGAUGCUGGUGGUGAUCGUGCUGCUGCUCAUCGCCAUCGCCGUGGUCGCGCUCUGGCCCACGGGCUAACCCCGGCCAGUCCUGCCAGAGAGCUGCUCCAGGGCUCGGGGAGGCACCUCUGGGGGCAGGGGAUGAGCUCCACACAUCGCUGGGAACGAGCUGCAGAGCUGGGAAUGAACUCCUUCCAUCGCUGGGAAUGAACUCCUUCCAUUGCUGGGAAUGAACUCCUUCCAUCGCUGGGAAUAAACUCCAGAGGUGGGAACGAGCUCCAGAGCUGGGAAUGGACUGCACCCAUCAUUGGGAAUAAACUCCACUGCUGGUAAUAAACUGAGGCAGCAUCCACCAGGCACCCGCUCUCCUUGGCUGAGGAGCUCGGUGGGGUCUGGAGGAUUUCAGUGGGAAAAAGGAUUUCAUCCCACUGUCAGGAUUUCAUCCCACUGUCAGCAUUUCAUCCCACUGACAGCAUUUCAUCCCACUCUUCCCACCUUCCCCUGGCACUCAGCAGCUGCAGCUGAGGAUGGACCCCCCUCUCCUGCUCUGGGGCACGCUGGUGCUGCUGCCCUGCCGCUCUCGCUGAGCCCAGACACCCCAGGGCUCCCAGCACCGACAUCCAGGAGUGGUUUGGAGAGCAGCAGCGUUCCCUGCUUUGGGAUCCCUCCUUCAGAGGGAAAAUUCUCUGUUCCAGGAAUGGGGAAUGCAUCUGGGUUCUCCAGGAUGGGAAGUGCCAGCCCUGCAGGACCCCCGUGGGCAGCACGGAGCCAACGGUGACCGGGCAGUGCUCAGCCCUUGGGGAGGCACUGCUGGGUAUUGAUCCCCAGGGAUGGCUGUUGGUGGGUUAUUGAUCCCCAGGGUUGGCUAUUGGUGGGUUAUGGAUCUCCAGGGGUGGCUGUUGGUGGGUUAUGGAUCUCCAGGGGUAGUUAUUGGUGGGUUAUGGAUCUCCAGGGAUGGGAAUUGAACAGCAGCAGGCUCAGCCCAGCCUGUGAGAGUGGAGAGCUUUGCCCUCGUGUGCUCCCCAGGGGCUCUGCCAGCCUGGCCUCGGGAGAUGCACCACGAUUAACAUCCUCACUGAGCUCUGGCUCUUCCUUUGACAGCUUCUCACACCCUUCUGCAGCUGAGAGGAAGGAUUACCUAUUUCAAAACUAAUGAAAAAGAAGUAUUAAAUGUUUGCUUCUGGCCAAGAGAAUAAUUAUUUUGUUACACAUGUCAGUUUGAUUUCAGGAUUAAUAGAGCAGCAAUAAAUACUGAUUAAAGCUGAUCCAUUUAUACACAGUU